AUGAUGAGUCCUUCAAAAAAUCGUUUUUCACUUACUCAUAGCUCCGGCAGCAACAGCAGCUCCAGCAGUGGCAACAAUAACCUCAAAGUAAGGUCGAGACCAAGACGUGCAUCAUCUGUCGGCAGAAUCGAUUUAGGUGACACUGUCCCAGGUCUAGGUACGAUGUUCGAAUCAAAAGAAUCUAGAACCGCUGCUCAACAAAGAAUGCAAAAAUUAUCUGAAGUAACUAAAAAUGAUUUAGAUCUGAUCAAAAAAAUUUGGUUAUCAUUUAGAGAAAUGAAUUAUCGUCAUACUUGGAUUACUCCAUUAAUAAUAUUAAUAGCAGUUUAUAGUGCAUAUUUUACAUCUGGAAAUUUAACUGAAACAAAUCCAUUACAUAUGUUUGUGGCAAUAUCAUACCAAAUUGAUGACACUGAUUCGUACGCCAAAGGUAUUAAAGAUUUAACUUUUGUCUUCUAUUAUAUGAUCUUUUUCACUUUCUUACGUGAAUUUUUAUUAGACAUUGUCAUUCGUCCAUUACCAAAACUACUAAAUGUCACUUCAAGACAUAGAAGUAAUAGAAUUAGAGAACAAACUUUUUAUAUCAUCUAUUAUGGAUUUUCCAGUCCAUUCGGCCUGUACGUAAUGUAUCAUUCAGAUCUUUGGUUAUUUAGAACUGAUACAAUGUACAAAACUUAUCCAGAUAUUACCAUCCCGUACCUAUUUAAAUUGUUUUAUUUAGGUCAAGCUGCAUUUUGGGCUCAACAAUCUUGCGUCCUUGUGUUACAAUUAGAAAAGCCAAGAAAGGACCAUAAAGAAAUGGUUUUCCAUCAUAUUGACACUCUAUUAUUAAUUUGGUUAUCCUAUACUUUCCAUUUCACGAAGAUUGGCUUAGCAGUCUAUAUUACAAUGGACAUCUCCGACCUUCUACUUUCAUUUUCAAAGACUGCUAACUACUUAGAUUCGGUAUUAACCCCCCCAAUUUUCUUUAUAUUUGUCGUCACCUGGAUUUAUUUACGUCAUUAUAUUAACCUUAAAAUCCUUUGGUCAGUUAUCACUGAAUUCCGUACAGUUGGUGACUAUACUUUGAAUUUCGCUACACAACAGUACAAAUGUUGGAUUUCACAACCUUUUGUAAUAGUGUUGAUGUCCGCUUUACAAAUCUUAAAUCUAUACUGGUUAUUCUUGAUCUUCAGAAUUCUUUAUAGAAUGGUUUGGAAAGGUAUCACUGAAGACACAAGAAGUGACAACGAAUCUAAUGAUGACAGUGCUUCGGAUGAAACUAGUAGUGCCACUGAAGAUGCUACUACUCUCAUCGUAGAAACUAAGAAGGAGGAAUAA